GCGGUUAAUUUACACAAAUUUCUCCUUUUCCCUGUUCAAUUUUCAAACUCUUGAUUAGCUCUCUCUCUCUCUCCUCUCCCUCUCUGUUCACUCCCAUUUGUUUUGUUUUCAUCCUAAGCUACAAUUCGUCUUUCUUCCACGAUCCAUGGAUCUUUCUCUAUCUAGAAAUCCUCCUCCACUUUGUCUCUCCAAAACUUCAUAUACUCGUAGUCGAUAUCUAUUAAGCGUCCCACUUUCUAAUUUCCCAAAUCUGAAUUUGAAACCCAGAAUCUUUUCCAGAAAACAGUUGCAUUGGCGCCAUAAUCACCCCAUCAGAGCUCAAAAUUCAAACCACACCAUUGAUGACGGAUUUGAACUCGAAGAUGUUCCUCACUUGACCAACUUUCUUCCCGAUUUACCGUCCUACCCAAAUCCAUUGCAUAGGAGCCAAGCUUAUGCCAUUGUCAAGAAAACUUUUGUCAGCCCAGAAGACGUGGUAGCUCAUAAAAUUGUUGUUCAGAAGAACAGUCCUAGAGGAGUACAUUUUCGGCGUGCCGGGCCUCGAGAAAGGGUUUAUUUCAACUCUGAGGAAGUGCGCGCUUGUAUUGUCACUUGUGGUGGUUUAUGCCCAGGGAUCAAUACAGUGAUCCGGGAGAUAGUAUGUGGCUUGAAUUAUAUGUAUGGUGUUGAUGACAUACUCGGAAUUGAGGGGGGAUAUAGAGGCUUUUACUCUAAAAAUACAAUGCAAUUGAUGCCUAAAACAGUCAAUGAUAUUCAUAAACGUGGUGGCACCAUUCUUCGAACUUCACGAGGAGGUCAUGAUACUAACAAGAUAGUCGAUAACAUUCAGGACCGGGGGAUAAAUCAGGUUUAUAUAAUUGGAGGUGAUGGGACUCAAAAAGGAGCAGCUGCUAUUUACAAGGAAGUUGAGAAACGUGGUCUUAAAGUGGCAGUAGCUGGGAUUCCUAAGACAAUCGAUAAUGAUAUUGCAGUGAUAGACAAAUCUUUUGGUUUUGACACUGCUGUUGAAGAAGCUCAGAGGGCCAUUAAUGCUGCACAUGUUGAGGUUGAGAGUGUGGAAAAUGGAGUUGGGAUAGUGAAGCUUAUGGGUCGAUACAGUGGGUUCAUUGCUAUGAUUGCAACUUUGGCUAGCCGAGAUGUGGAUUGUUGCUUGAUUCCAGAGUCUCCAUUCUAUCUAGAAGGCCAGGGUGGACUUUUUGAAUUUGUUGAACAGCGUCUUAAGGAAAAUGGGCAUAUGGUGAUUGUGUUGGCAGAAGGAGCGGGGCAGGAAUAUGUUGCUCAGAGCAUGCAUGUAGUUGAUGGAAAAGACGCAUCGGGAAAUAGGCUACUUCUGGAUGUUGGUCUGUGGCUAACACAGAAGAUUAAGGAUCAUUUUAUGGAGGUCCAGAAGAUGCCAAUAAACCUAAAAUAUAUAGAUCCAACAUACAUGAUCCGAGCAAUUCCAAGUAAUGCAUCAGACAAUGUGUACUGCACACUGCUUGCUCAAAGUGCUGUGCAUGGAGCAAUGGCAGGGUACACAGGCUUCACAGUUGGUCCGGUGAACAGCAGACAUGCUUAUAUCCCAAUUGCUCGUGUGACUGAAACUCAGAACAUCGUCAAGUUAACAGACAGGAUGUGGGCUAGACUUCUUGCAUCCACAAAUCAACCCAGUUUCUUACAUAAUAGUGAAAUGAUGAAAGAAAAGCUUGACAGAGAGACUCUAGAUGUGAUCAACGAAAUGAAGAUUAAUUCUAUUUAAUUUUUAUGGAUUACAGCAAUAAAGACUUGCAAAUCCGAACAUUGCAAGUGUCCUCUAUUCUUUUCACGCAGUUCUGGGAUGUAAAUUUCAAUACUGCCUUUUUUGUUUUUAUUUUUUAUAUAGCAUUCUUAUUGAGCAGUUAAGUACAGGUUAGCUUUUACCAUAGCUAUUUAUGUUAGUCCUCCAGAUACAGUGGCUUAUUAGAAGAUGUUUUGAUUGUUUUUAGGUGACACACUUUAGACAUUUUCUUAUGCUGUGUUUGGUUGAGGGAUUUGAGAAGAGAUUUAGAAAGAGAAAUGGAAAAGGUAGGUGCAAUGUGAAAAAAAAUAUGCCUACAUUUCACAUAGUUUCACACACCUUUUUCCUUUCCCUUUCCAAAUCCCUUUCCAAAUUCCCCAACCAAACACAGCGUUAGUGAAAUUCAAAUAUAUAUGUAUUUGUUAACAUUUCUUAGUGACAUUCAAAAAAAUAUCUAUUAUACUGAGUUGUUGUUUGCACUUGUGCAUUGUAAAA